AUGUUGUCUAAUAUUUUAAAGAAAAGCUCAAAUGCAUCUAUUGAUGAGAAGAAGAGGAAGAGGAUGAUAUCAAAUCGAGAAUCUGCAAGACGAUCAAGAAUGAGGAGGCAAAAGAAGGCGGAGGACUUGAUCAAUGAGAAAGCCGAGUUAGAGAAAGAGCUACUUGAAGAUAAUCACAAGUAUGUCGCUAAAUGUCAAAUUCUUUUUGUUCUUGAAUCUAAGAAUGAAGUUCUGAGGGCUAAGAAGAUGGAGUUGAUACAGUAUUUGAAGUGCUUGAACCAGAUUCUUAUCAGCUAUGAAGAAACUGAGUCCAACCAUAAUCUUCAAGUUUCAGAACCAUUUAUGAACUUGUCCAAAAGUUCAUGA